AUGGAUUUUCAAGGACAAGAAAAAGAUUAUAUUGAACUAAAUAAUAUUAAUACAAUAUUUCAGACUAGUUCUGAAUCAUUGGUUGGAGAUAAGAUAAGUUUAAUCAAUAGAUUAACUCCAAGAGAAUAUAUACCAACAAAAUCAAGACUACAUUCAAGACUAAAUUCAAAGCUAAAUUCAAGACAAGAAGAUAGAUUAGGUAAUAAUUCUGUAUCUUUAUUAUCUACUGAUACAUAUAUAGAACCACUUUUAUCUUCUUCGGUCUGUACAAAAAGACAAUGGAUUGAAAAAUAUUCCCAAAAACAGAGAAAAAUUACAGUUAUAUGUAUAAAAGAUGGAAGGUGCUCACAACAUUAUAUGAGUACUGCAGAAUUACUUCGUAAAGUACAUCUUCACAAUGAAAAACGACUGUUAGAAGAAAAGGCAGCAGGUGCACUUACUUUAAGAGAUCUUAGACAAGUAAUAGGACAUGGUAAUGAACGUCCCUCUAUUGAAAUACGAAGAAAUUGUAUACUUGUUAAUAUGCCAGGUGUUAGAUGUAUUAUUUUACAUGAUAAAGUAUAUUAUUUACCACUAAAUACUGUAAUAUUUCCUGUAGAUGAUGAAUUUAGAAGUGGUGAUGAAGGUCUUCAGAUCUUUCAUGGACAAAUUCUAACUCAGGAUAUUGAAGAUUCUGUAGCUAAAGGAACUGUGAAAUAUAAUAAAUAUGAUCGUAAAAUACAAUCUACAAAAUAUAAUAUAGAAUAUUCUGAUAUAUCAAUUAUUGAACGUUUAAUUCUUGCAACACAAUUAUGUUCUGAAAAUACCCAUGAUUUCCAUUCUAUUAUAAAUGGGGCAAUGGAAGAAUCACAAAAUAUUAUAGGUGGAAUUUCACCUCCAAGUACUGAAACUAUUAAUGAUCAACAAACUCCAUUAGAAUUAAAUGCUUUAGAAGUUUGUUUAGUAGAAGUAUGUUAUCAAUUGUGGAAUAGUUAUUAUACAAUAGAUGCAAUAGCACAAGAAAAUUUAAAACAUAUAGAGAGUAAUCCAACAUCUACACAAAAAAUUCAUGAAAUCAAUGAUAUUAGAAAACGACUUGAUUCCUUAAGAGAUAGAAUUCAUGGUGUAUAUGGAGCAUUAAAAGAAAUAUUAGAUGAUGAUGAUUUACUUGCUAGAAUUGAGAUAUCCAAAUUUUGGGCUAAACCUGAAAGUUGGGAUCGUCGUUCUCUUAACCAUACAUUUAUUGAUUCCGAGAUAUUGCUAGAAUGUUAUGAACAAGAAAUUGAGGGAUUAGUAAAGGCUGUAAAUAGAUUAGAUGAGCAAUUGGAUGAUGCUGUAGAAAUAAUGCAAAUCCAUCUUGCAACAAUCCGAAAUACAUUUUUGAAGAGUGAAUUAAGUCUUGAUAUUGUUGAUGUAUGUGUUGGAUUUGUAGCUGCAAUUGCAUCAAUAUUUGGUAUGAAUAUUCAGAGUGGAUUAGAAGCUAGUAGAGAUAUUUUUUGGCUUAUGGCAUAUACAAUGUUAACUCUAUGUGUUAUUGCAGGUAUUAUUGUAGUAUUAAUGUUCCGAAAGCUUCAAUUAUGA